AUGUAUAGUGUUCAUACGUGUCAUAACCAUCACCGUAUAACAUCGUCGUGCACUGUGCACAUUUAUACGGUCAUCAGUACUCAGUUUCGCGCGUGUACUUUUUUGUGCAUUUUUCCUAAAGUACAAUGUCUGAAACGAAAACAAACACGUGACUAUGUAAGUUUGAAAAAAAAAGUCGAGGAUUCGAGAAGGCCCGCUCCCGAGCAAACAAACGGAAUUCAGAACAUUUUUCGAUAUCUUUCGGCCACGUCUGGCAUGUGCAGCGAAUACCGAGUACGGUAUACAUUUAAUGAACUUAGUGCUUCCACGUUGUCCAAAUUUAAUAGCCGCGGUUCUCCAUAAACGAUGAACAUGGAUUAGGUACCCAUAAAAG